UUCCCUGCAGGGAGGUGUCUCAGAAAACCCUGCGAGACCUGGAUGGGUUGAGCACAGGGCUCUGCCGGGUCCCUGGCCCAGCAGGCAGCCAGGAGGGGUUCUGCUUCUGCGUGGCACUGCUGGGCAGGGCUCUGCCAGUAGACAAAUUACAGCCUUUGCCUGUGUCAAGGUAGAUAAGGAAGCAUGUGAUGCAGCGUGGUGGUGAGCGGGUUGCAGGCAGGGUAAAGGUGCACAGGGAAAUAACCUUGCAGGGAGUUCCUGCUGGAGGAGCAGAGUCUCCAGGCAGUGCAGCUCCCUGCAGCUCCCACAGCACCUCAGCCUUGAUGCCUGCACAAGUUUUGGGUGCUCUCUGAAGCUCACAGCAAGCAGGAAUGUCUUUUAGCAGAAGGAACUGGUCUGAUCUCUCCAGCCUGGCCAGGCAGAGGACCCUUGAAGAUGAAGAAGAGCAGCAAAGAGAGCGCCGGCGGAGGCACCGCAACCUGCUGUCCUCCACGUCAACGGAUGAAGAGGCUCCCAGCCCUGUGAAAGACACCAGUCCAGCUCCCAGCAGACCUCAGUCCCUGGUGAAGUCUCCGGAGGAUGGGGAAGAGCAUCAACUCACCGAGGUGCUGAAGACACAAGAAGGGAGACGGACGAGAUCCUCAGGGGUUGUCUCUGCAAAGCUGAGGCAGGACAAGGAGAAGCAGGAGCCAGCAGUGGGAGAGAGCUGCACGGAGACAGGGGCACCACAGCGUGCGGGGAAGGAGAGCGUCUGGGCUGGAAAGAGGGGUCAGGAUGCGACCAAGGGCAGAGGGGACGCCCCGGGGGACCAGCACCCGGAGCCAGCCUCUGAGAGGAAGGUGCUGGUGAGGGGACGGCUCCAAGACAAAGGACAAGGCGUGGGGACAGGCCAAGGUGUGGGGACAGGCCAAGGUGUGGGGACAGGCCAAGGUGUGGGCACGGCUCGGGGGGAGCAGAGGAAGGAGCCGCAGGCACGGGCAGCGCUGGAGCUGGGCGGCUGCCGGCUCCGGGAGGUGAAGAUCCUGACCAGGCAGGGAAGCCGUGCUGAGACAGUCCCGGUGCUGAGCUCAUCUCUGCAGCAGCAGCAGCCUUCCAGGAAUCCCUCAAAGGAGGUGAUACAGUUGUCUCCCACCCAAGAAGAACCUGCAGAAAAGUCAGACACUUCUCCAACUCACAUCACCUACAGCAGCUCCAUCAGAAGGAUCAGCCCAAGAACUGUCUCCUUUCGGAUGAUGUCAAGAAACCAGAAAGAAGAAAGCCAAAGCCCUCUCACAAGGAGUGCAAGCCUGAGGAUCCCAGCCAGCAGCACGACCAUUGGGGAGAAGCUGGAAAAGUACAACUCGGCCGUGCAGCGCUCAGAGGGAGCAAAAUCAUCCCUGGCUGUUCAGAAGAGCCUCUUGCUGUCCUCAGAGGGGGUGGCCAGCAAACGCAACUUCUUCGAGGCGAGCACUCCCAGCAAGGCUGAGCCACUUGCUGUCAGGAAGGACAACCUGAAGAUCCCAGGGUCCGUCACAUCCCGCAUUAAUCUGUGGAUCAGCCGAGCUCAGGAGCCUGUCAAGGAGGAAAAGAGCAAGGACAUGAGGAAAAUAAACAGCCUGCCAAAGCGUGAUGUGUGGGUAAAGCAGCCUCGAGACACCCCUGGAGACACCAAGUUGUAAUUGUACCAGUUGUAACAAUAGCACCUGAUCCAGGAAAAACUGUUUUGCUUUGAAGAUCAAAUCACAGCCCUACCCAAGCACCCAGCAGCCCACUGCCACGAGGGUCUCCCACACCGUCUGUGGAUGCCCCCCAGGUCUCUGGGGUCUUCUGCUUGUGGGAUGGGAAGGAAGAAGGCUGGAAGUCUAUCCCUGCACCCUCAGACCUCACUCACUGCCUGCCCUGGAGUUCCCAGGCCUGGAGCCUCCCUGCAAUUGCUGAAGGCAGAGCCUUGCCUCGUGUUUUGCCACGUUCUGGUGCUUUGCUCCUGAUCUGUGCCUCUGCCCUGGCAAAGGGGAUCAGCCCUUACGUCUCCCUCGCAACUGGACGAUGUCAGGGGGGCAAGAAACUGCCUUGGCCAAGGCAGGGAUGUCCAUCCCUGCUGCCUGGCUCGUGUGGGGUGAGAUGGGGCAGGCAGAUGUCAGCCCCCUCCCAGGCUGUCACUGCUGGAGGGACCCAACCAAAGGCAUUUGCAGUCACUCGUGUGCUGGUGUGGCUCCGAGAUGCUUCGUGGAAGAAGGGUGGGUCUCACAGCCCUGGUGCUUCCCUCCAGCAUGCAGCUGAACCACAGCCAGAGAACUGGCCUUCUGCACCCCAUCCUUACCAUCCCCUGCCCACUGCAAGCAGCAACCCCUUCCACUUAGUGACAUGGGAAGGGUGGGCUGCCCACAGCCCUGUUUUGGGGGUUGCAUGGAGCUGAGCAUGCUGUGCUGGGGCCCUUCUGCAGACCUGUUUCCCUCUUGCCCUUCAUCCUGAGCCCUUUGCCUGUGGCUUUGCAGAGCCCUGGUCCUGCUCUCCCUGGGCUGCUGAGCCCACCCUGCAGGGGAGUGGGGUGCUCUCUCAGACCAGCUUUAGGGUGCCCUGGGCAGCCCUUAAAAAGAGGCUCAAACCCUUCUGCUGGAGCCAUUGGAUGGGCUGGGGCUGUGCCUUGAGCAACCAUUGUGGUGUCCAAAUCUGGUGAGGGACUGUACUGCUGCCAUGGGUCUGAUCUUGCUUGCUGGGCUUUGGAAGGGAUUUGGGUUUCUUUGUGCCAUUUUGGGGGUCUGUUUGUUUGGGGUUUUUUUCCCUAAU